GGGGCCAGACGGAGCCCGGAAAGACCCGGAGGAAGAUCCGAGUGUUUGCGGCCGUGCUGCCCCACCCCUAGUCCCGCCGCGCGUAGAGGGGCCCGGCCGGGCUGCUGCUAGGGCCCCAGGAGGUUGAAAGCUAAGCAUGGGGAAGAGCUGCAAGGUGGUCGUGUGUGGCCAGGCUUCUGUGGGCAAAACUUCAAUUCUGGAGCAGCUUCUGUACGGAAACCACGUAGUGGGUUCUGAGAUGAUCGAGACGCAGGAGGACAUCUACGUGGGCUCCAUUGAGACUGACCGGGGGGUGCGGGAGCAGGUGCGUUUCUACGACACCCGGGGGCUCCGAGAUGGGGCUGAGUUGCCCCGGCACUGCUUCUCCUGCACUGACGGCUACGUCCUAGUCUACAGCACGGACAGCCGAGAGUCCUUUCAGCGCGUGGAGCUGCUCAAGAAGGAGAUUGACAAAUCCAAAGACAAGAAGGAGGUCACCAUCGUGGUCCUUGGCAACAAGUGUGACCUGCAGGAGCAGCGGCGUGUAGACCCGGAUGUGGCUCAGCACUGGGCCAAGUCAGAGAAGGUGAAGCUUUGGGAGGUGUCGGUGGCUGACCGCCGUUCACUGCUGGAGCCCUUCGUCUACCUGGCCAGCAGGAUGACCCAGCCCCAGAGCAAGUCUGCCUUCCCCCUCAGCCGCAAGAACAAGGGCAGCGGCUCCUUGGAUGGCUGAAGAGCUGCCUUGCCAGCUCUGGAAGAUGGGUUGAGGGGAAAGGGAGGGGGGGUUUUAGGCAAGCUGUCCUUCCCAGUCAAGGGGGGAGCUCCCCACUAGGCCAGGCAGCUGGGCUGUCCCAGGCUCAGGUCACUUUUGCU